AUGAAGAUUGCAACAAUCUUCACCAUUAUCGGAGCCCUGGCGGCUCCGGCUGCAGCCCUCCCGCAGUACGGCAACUUUAUGGGCGACGCAGUUAGCAGCGGCGCCACUUGGGUCGCCGCCGAACCGUCGUUGGCUGAUGCCGCGGACACUGCUGCAGCAGCCGCGGCCACAGCAAACGGAACCGGCGUUGCGGAUGCUGGUGCGGUAGCUCCUGUCCCCACCAACGGUUCUGCACACCACGGCCACGGUUCGUGUGGCUCCAAGGGCUCCAAGCACCACACCCCCUCCAAGGGAGGCAACGCUCCCGUACCGACGCCUGUUGUCGGCUCCUCUGCGGCCGGUGGCUCGACCACGCCCAUGUCGGAUUCGACAGACACAGUCCCCACUCCGACUGAUGCCGCCGGCUCGCCAGCCGUGACGUUGGCGAACGACUCUCCUCCCGUUGUGGAGACCUACGUUGCCAAUCCCACAGAUGGCUAUGGCCAGCAGGCCACUGCGGACAUUCAAUCUACCGCCGUGUCCACUGACGCCGCCGCCUCGACUGGCGCUGCCUCAGGCGGCGCGUCUGGCUCGCCGACCCUCCCUGUCGACUCCCAGAACAACAAGAUCACAGCCAACCCCUCUGCCGAGGACAUUGCCGGAACUUCGGACGCCAGCAAGUGGGUUGUCAGUUACUACAACCAGUGGCGCAAGGAGUUUGGUGCGGGCGAGGUCGUUUGGAACGCCACGCUCGCCCAGGAUUCGGCCGACCACACCAAGGCAUGCAACAUGUCCCACCAAGGCGAUGACAACCUCGCGUGGAUGUGGGCAAGCGGCACUGCCCCCGACUUUGCAGUCUCAGGCAACCUCGACGGCUGGGCCAGCGAGUGGAAGGACUACCCCUUUGACAAUCCCGCUGCCAACGCGUACUCGCACUUCACCGAGAUGGUCUGGAAGGGCACCACCCAGAUCGGUUGCUCCUGGAACGUCGACUGCGACCCCACCAAGGGCGACCUUGGUGACGCCAUGCACUCGAUGGUAUACUUUACCUGCAAGCACUUCGUUGCGGGCAACAUGUUGGGCGCGUUCGGCGAGAACGUGGGCAAAUUCGUUGGCAGCUAA